ACUGCUAAAAUCUGACUUUGCUGGAAGGACAAGAGAAAAAAAAAAACAGCGAUACACGGAAUUUCUGGACUGGCCUCAUCUGACAUCUCCAAGCCAAAGGAAUCAGCAGCCUCUUAUUCCACCCAGCGGGAUUAAUCAGUGUUCGACCAGGACUCCAGGAGAGUGAGCAGGGUCACCAUGGGCUCGGUGGGAGCCGAGCGCUUCAAGGAGCUGAGCCCGGCGGGGACACCUGAGGGCAACGUGGUGAUGAGCUUCAGCUUCGACAGCUACCAGCUGGAGGAGGAUGAGCUGCAGAGGGGCAGCCAGACCAAGGGUGUCCUCACCUUCAUGGAGCCAGCUUCUGAGGAUCCUGAGCCCCAGGAUCGAUACCAUGGGAUUUACUUUGCCAUGUUGCUGGCUGGGGUGGGAUUCCUUCUGCCAUACAACAGCUUUAUCACCGAUGUGGACUACCUGCACCAUAAAUACCCAGGGACCUCCAUCGUCUUCGACAUGAGCCUCACCUACAUCCUGGUGGCCUUGGUGGCUGUCAUCCUCAACAACGCACUGGUGGAGCUGCUGAGCUUGCACACCCGGAUCUCUGUGGGUUAUCUUUUCGCCCUGGGGCCUCUGCUCUUUGUCAGCAUCUGCGACGUCUGGCUGGAGCUCUUCACCCGCAGACAAGCCUACGCCAUCAACCUGGUUGCUGUCGGGGUAGUGGCCUUUGGCUGCACAGUGCAGCAAUCCAGCUUCUACGGAUACACGGGGCUGCUGCCCAAGCGCUACACCCAGGGGGUGAUGACGGGCGAGAGCACCGCCGGGGUCAUCAUCUCCCUCAGCCGCAUCUUCACCAAGCUGCUGCUGUCAGAUGAGAAGGAGAACACGGUCAUCUUCUUCUUCAUCUCCAUCGGCAUGGAGCUGACCUGCUUCAUCCUCCACCUCCUGGUGAAGCGCACCCGCUUCGUCCGCUUCUACACCUCCUGCUCCCACAAGGGCCUCCCCAGGGCCCGGGGGGCUGGCGACCAUGGGACAGGCUACCGUGUCCACCACGAUGUCACUGCUGAGGACGUCCAAUUUGAGAACGGGCCACGGGGGCAGCCAAGCUCCCCCCAGGGCAGCCCAGGCCCUGAAGCUGAGCUGGCUGGCAGUGGCACCUACAUGCGCUUUGAUGUCCCUCGGCCCAAAAUCAAGAGGAGCUGGCCCAGCUUCAGAGACAUGCUGCUCCACCGCUACGUCGUGUCCCGGCUCAUCUGGGCCUACAUGCUCUCCAUCGCCAUGACCUACUUCAUCACACUGUGCCUCUUUCCCGGGCUGGAGUCAGAGAUCCACAACUGCACACUGGGGGAAUGGCUCCCCAUCCUCAUCAUGGCCAUCUUCAACCUCUCCGACUUCGUUGGCAAGAUCCUGGCUGCCCUGCCCUAUGACUGGAGAGGAACCCACCUCCUCGUCUACUCCUGCCUCCGUGUGGUCUUCAUCCCCCUCUUCAUCAUGUGUGUCUACCCCAACGGGAAGCCCACCUUUGGCCACCCCGCCUGGCCAUGCAUCUUCUCCCUGCUCAUGGGCAUCACCAACGGCUACUUCGGCAGCGUUCCCAUGAUCCUGGCAGCUGGCAAAGUGAGCCCCGAGCAGCGGGAGCUGGCAGGGAACACCAUGACCGUGUCCUACAUGACAGGCUUGACGCUGGGCUCGGCCGUGGCCUAUUUUGCCUACAGCCUCACCAGUACGUCCCACAGCACCUGCUUCUACACAGAGUUCACCAACAGCUCCUUCACAUCAGGGUACUGAGUCCCAGGGAGGGGCGAUGGGGACAAGAUGGGGACCUGCUUUCCACCAUGGGCCCCAGCACCCCACUUGGCCAAUGUCCCUCCCUGGGGAUGGAGCCUGGAGCCAGAGACCUGUCCCAGGGUAGACAGGGACCAGCAUCCCAUUGGCGUGGGACUGAUGCAUCCUCAAACAGCCUGUGAUGCCCAGGCAGGGGUACUUCUUGGGGUGACAUUCCUCCCACCCCAGGGAUGGUCCUGUUGCUCUUGGGGGAACCCCAUCAGUGAUGUGCAGUUCCCUGGUGGUGGAGACAAAGGGGUAGGGGUUGGGGUGGGGAGGGAAGGGGUGUGUCUUCUGUUUGAGCCAAGCCAUUCCCAGGAGGAAACAGAUUCUGCCAAAUCCCAAAGGGACUAAAACCAGCACUGGGGAGGAGGGCGAUGGAGGGCUGAGGAGGAGGAUCGAGAGGAAGGAAAUGCUCCUUCAAGCCCCAGUGGCUCUGGGAAGGUGAGUCCCAGCUUUGAUGGUGCUGCAGGUUUUCACCAGUGGCUUGAAAUCAUGAUCCCUCCCCAGACAUGCCAAUCACUGUGGGAAGGAGCCAAUUCACUUCUGCUGGUUGGAAAAAAAAAUACAAAUGUGGUGGUGGGAUUUUUUUUUUUUGUUGCAUGUCAUUUUGCCUCCCUCUAACUGCAAGACAGGCAGGGUCAUUCCUCCCCCCACCCCCUGCUGUGGGUUUGCCCCAUCACGAGGGGACAGAAGGGAGUCUCAAGGCCAUAGCACUGCAGAUGCCACCCAUGGGUCACUGCUGAGCUUCAGGAUUUAUUGCAAGGGACGUAAAUGAAGCUGAUGCCAGAUUAAAUGUCUGCAACAAUGCCUGGUCGUGGCUGCUGGUGCUGGGCUGAGCUGACAAAACACACACAGCACAAUGGGUGCUGUCCUGUGGGGUGUCCCUUGUGCUGCUCUCCAUCUCCAGGAUCCCCUCUGUCACCUGGAGCAGCUGGAUUUGGCACCAGAUCUGAUCAAGCCCCUGCCAGCCUGAAAACUGCUGCAGAAGUGCAACACCUUUGCAGGCAGCAAGCAGAAGGGGCUGAGCAGAGCAGAAACCAUUUGGAGAUGAUGUCAACCUGAAAGGCUGCAGCUUUUUGGAACUGGCUGCGCCUCCCUGUGCCAGGAGCUGGUGGGUGUCACCUCCCAAGGAAGCAAAGCCCAAGGGCCAGAGGUUGCAGAGAGCGCCAGACUUGGCACCCAUGACCCAGCCCCACCAGCAUCAGAGGGUCCCACCAUGCCAAGUGCCCACCUGGUUGAAGUACAGCUCACCCCAAAAGGAGCAAAUUCAGCAUUCCGCCCUCAAACCAUCAUCCCUGUGGGGCUCAGGGUACAGGAGUCACCAUGACCAUGGCUCCCCCAAAGAGCCACAAGGCACCUGGGCUGGGUCCUCCCCUGACCACGAAGCAGGAGGGUGAGCCAAAAAGCGACCAUGGCCACCAAGGGCUUGAAAAA